AGGAAGAAAGUUCAUAAACUCAUUGGAGAUCAAAGUACAGAACCCACUGCAUUCUUUGCCUCCAGGAGAACCAACCUGCAUUCAUUAAGGAUGGUGUGGAAGAUCAUCUGGCCACUGCAAGCAUGCAAACUUCUCCUGGUGAUUUUAUCUUUGCCACAAGGGAGGACAAGUUCUGUUUUAACUGUGAAUGGUCAAACUGAGGACUAUGUCCUGGACACCACAUCUGGUGGCCAAGCAUCUCUGGAAUGUGCUGUUCAAAACCACACCAGAGAUGAAGAACUCCUCUGGUACCGAGAAGAUGGAAGAGUAGAUUUGAAAACUGGAAACAAAAUCAACAGCAGCUCUGUCUGUGUCUCUUCCAUCAGCGAAAACGACGAUGGAGUCCGCUUUACCUGCAAGCUGCAGAGCGAUCAGCAGGUGUCUGUCUCCGUGGUGCUCAAUGUUACUUACCCUCCUCUUCUAAGUGGAGAUGCCUUCCAAACCAUAGGGGAAGACAAGGAUGUAAGGUUGGUUUGCAACGUGAAAUCCAACCCCCCAGCGCAAAUGACAUGGCAUAAAAACAACAGCGUCCUGGUUUUAGAGAAAGGCCGUCACCAAAUCGAAGAGACAAGGGAAUCUUUUCAGUUGUCCAUCACCAAAGUCAAGAAAUCUGACAACGGAGUCUACAGCUGUGUUGCUAGCUCGUCCCUGAAAACUGAGACCAUGGACUUCCACCUGGUUGUUACAGACAAGGUUCCAGAUUUACCGAUAGAAGCGAUCAUUGCCGCUUGUGUGGUGGUCGUCCUGACACUGGGUUUUGGACUGCUUGCUAGGAGAAAAAGAAUAAUGAAGCUCUGCAUGAAGAAGACAGACCGGAAUACAGACACAGCUCUGUAA